CGUUCUUCUUCUUCUAUAUCGUGCGUGAGUGGGAGGGGAGGCAGAGACAGAAAUGCAAGGCAAAAUGAGAGAGAGAGAAAAGAGGUAUGGCUGAGAACAGUUCCUGUCGGGAUGUGACAAUUAAAGACGCCAAGGGCCCUGCAGUUGAUAAACAUACUCCGAUCGUCGAUUCUGUUCGGCAGAAGUUGCCCCGUCUGCUUCUAUGCCUUGGUGUUAAACAGCAUCACUUUCCGAGCGUUCGGGCCACGACCCCCGACGGCUUCUAUGCCUUCCUCGACUACUUGCUGACCCCCGAAAGACAGAAAGCCGUUCAUGGCCUUGCCGUGGCUGAUAAGCUCAAGAAGAAGGCCGGUGGCCUGUUUACUGUACAAGAUGUUGCCAAAGUGGCUAUGUUUAAUGAACAGCGCGCUUCCUUCGCUUCUGCCCGUGCUGCUCUGAUUAACGCCAAGGAUAAGAAGAUUGCUGAUCUCGAAUUGCAGUUGCGGAGGAUGCGUGCUGAGAGAGAAGAAGCCCUUAAGUCACUUUGUCAUGAAUUCGCUCCUGAUGGUGAAUACGAUGAGGCUGCAUCGGAGCGGGAGAUUCCUUAAGGGUAAAUCCUUUCUUACUGUCAUUCUUAAAGUUGAUUGAGGGGCUUAUAUCUAUUUGCUGCGGGACUCGAUUGAGGAACAAGAACAUAAAUGGAGUUGAUGGGAUAAACGCUAGGCUUUGUAGUAGUUGGGGCAUUGUGUAUUUUGGGUUGGUUUUGUUGCUUUUCCAUGGAUUCUCUUGUAAGUGCACUCAAGGGUGUGUGUUUUGGACGUCAUUAAGAGUCUUCAUUAGGGAUGAGUAUGGUAUCCGGAU